UUGGAAAUGUUCCCUGGUUUUGGACUGCAACUCCCAGUGUCCCCUGGUUAGGGUUUAUGGGAGUUGUAGUUCACAAAUGAUUCCCUGUUCUAAGGGAAACGGCUGCGAAAAAAAUUGCAUCCUUGGAGGUUUCCAGGAGAAGCAACUCGCCCCCUUUUUUGGCCCAAAAGGCUCACUUUGGGGAGCCAUGAAUAGAAUCAUAUUUUUAAAAAAUGAAUUGCAUGACAUUUUGUUUAACAAACCUCUGCAAUGCAAAGAAAGAGAGAAAAAUGUGCAAGUUUUAAAAUUGCAAGCGUUGGACCAAAUAGAUAUCUGAGUUCCCUUUGACUGUGGAUGUUGUUAAUGUUUUGUGACGUCAGGAACAGAAUCAUAUUUUUAAUGAAUUAUAAUAUUUUUUCUAUUUAAAAAAUCCUCUGGAAUAGAAAAAAAGACAGCAGAGUCAUGCGCAAGUGAUAGGGCUGCAAGUGCUGGGCCUGGUUUCCUCCCAGAAUAGAUAUCUGAACCACCUUUGGCUGUGGCUAUUAUUAUACCGGGCGCUAAAUCCAUCUCUGCCAGCCUUUGAAAGGUUGCUUGAGUCACAUAAUCCAGCACUGAAAUAUUAUGGCUAUUUUUAUGCUCCUGGAGGUGUAGCUCUCUCCCUUUUGGUUUCAGGGGAGGCGAAAGUCGAAAGAAGGCAGGGCAAAGGAGUGUGUUUAUAUUGAUAUACAAGUGGAAAGAGAGGCAGGGCUGCUGCGUUCCCCAUAUGAGGUGCAUCAUUCCCAUUGAUGGCACAUCCCUCGCAAGGGAAACUGAGCAUGAGCCACGCAAUGAGGAAUGCGAAGAAUGCAGGAGGACUCUGGUGUCAAAGCACAACGCCAGGCAUGCUGCUGCCAUGACUCUGGAGAAGUAGGAGGUUGAGUAUUGGAAGGAUGUCGGAAGGUCCAAUGAUACUCAGGAGGUCCACUUUGAGUAUUGGAAGGAAGGCAGAAGGUCCACUAAUACCCCAAAAAAUCAACUUUGAUUAAGUAUUAUAAGAGUGUCAGACAGUCCAUUAAUACUCAGAAGGUACACUUUGAGUCUUAGAAGGAAGGUAGAAGGUCCACUAAUACUCAGAAGGGCCACUUACAUUAUUAGAAGGGAGGCAGAAGGUCCAUUUUGAGUAUUAGAAGGAAAGCUGAAGAUCUACUAAUACCCAAAAUAUCAAUUUUGAUUAAAGUGUCUGUCAGUCCAUUAAUAGAAGGAGUAUUAGAGUAUUAGAAGGAAGGCAGAAGGUCCACUAAUACUCAGAAAGUGCACUUUGAUUAUUAGAAGGAAGGCAGAAAAUCAACUAAUAGUCAGAAGGUCAACUUCAAUUAUUAAAAAGAAGGCAGAAGGUCCAUUUUGAGUAUUAAAAGGAAGGCUGAAGGUCCACUAAUACUCAGGUCAACUUUGAUUAUUAGAAAGAAAGGAGAAGGUCCACUAAUACCCCGAAGGUCCACUUUGAGUAUCAGAAGGGAGGCAGAAGGUUCCUUUGGAUGGACGGUGGAGGCUGCAUCCCCAGAACUUUCUGCCAAGGCAGAAGCGAAAGAGGGAGUUCCUCCAAGCGAAGCAUCUGCAAAAUCAGGGCGUUGAGGCAAGGCCAGGUCAGGAAUGCUGCCGGUGGAGCUUUGCGGAGGGUGUGUCCAGUGCAUAAAAACGCAUUGAGACAGAGGUGCCUCGUUUUUGCAGGUGGGACGGGGGUUCAGGAUGGCGGAAAGCUCCAAACUCCAGCUGUUUGUCAAGGCGAGCGACGAUGGAGAGACCAUCGGUCACUGUCCCUUCUGCCAGCGGCUCUUCAUGAUCUUGCUGCUCAAAGGAGUGCCCUUUACGCUGACCACAGUGGACACCAAGAGGUCCUUGGACGUGCUGAAGGACUUUGCACCCGGAGCCCAGCUCCCCGUGUUGCUGUACGACGGAGAGCCCAAAACGGACACCCUCAAAAUCGAAGAGUUUCUGGAAGAGACCCUGGGGCCACCAAAUUUCCCCAGCCUGGUUCCCAGGUACAAAGAGUCCUCCAUCGCCGGCAAUGACGUCUUCCACCGCUUUUCAGCCUACAUCAAGAACCCGAUACCUGCACAGAACGAAGUCUUGCAGAAGAACCUCCUGAAGGCCCUCCUGAAGCUGGACAACUACCUGAACAACCCCCUGGACUACGAAUUGGUCCGGGACCCCAGCCUCAUCGUCUCCCGGCGGCGGUUCCUGGAUGGAGACCAGAUGACCCUGGCUGACUGCGGCCUCCUGCCCAAACUCAACAUCGUCCACGUCGUGUGCCAACAUUACCGCCAAUCUGGCAUCCCCAAGGAGCUGCGCGGCGUUUGGCGUUACCUGGACAGUGCGGCCGAGGUGAAGGAGUUCAAGUACACCUGUCCCAAUGCUGAGGAGAUCAUCCAGGCCUACCGCGGGGUGGUCCGGCCGCUGGAGUAGCCAUGGCCAUUUGCCAACGGAAGCGGUCAAGCUGCUCGUCACUUUGGAUCGCUUCUGGCCACCUUCCUCAGAGCCACCGAACCACAGACAGAGACUGACCCAAGUGGACACUGAUGGAGGGCACCUGGCUUCGGUUUCAUGCCCCUCUUUCCAGUGGCACCAUUUCCCCAUUUCCAUCAUGGCUGCACCACGCUUAUGGUCACACAAUGGAGGAAAAUGGUUGGGGAACUACACAUCACCCUUCUAGCCGAUGAUGCCACCUUCUUUAGAAUAAAUAAAGGAGUUGUUCCUAUAUCUCCCAGGGAACACUUUUAGCAUCUUUGCAGAUUUCCCUGGGCUCUUUCCAGCAUUUUUGUUGGGUGCCUUCAAGUUGCUUCUGACUUACGGAGACCCUAAGGAGAAACUAUAGUGGGUUUUCUAUAACAGGAUUUGACAUUGCCAUCCUCUGAGGCUGAGAGAGUGUGGCUUGUUGCCCAUGGUCUUCCAUUGGGUUGACAUGGCCAAGCCGUUAUUUGAACCCUGGUCUCCAGAGUCAUAGUCGAAA